UAAGCGCGGAAGGAGCUUGCCCGGCAGCCCCCGAGUAGACAGACGGGGCGUGGCGCUAGCGGGUUGGUGACUGAUCUCGUUCCUUCUGGUUUUCCGACCCUGAUUACCGUCGGCAAUAUGUCGGCAUACCCGAGAAGCUACAACCCUUUCGACGACGAUGCGGAGGACGAAGAUACGCGGCCGGCUUCGUUCAGGGACGCCCGUGACCUCCCUGACGGGCCCGCCGCGGCCGAAGACAGGCAACAGUACUUGCGGCAGGAGGUGCUGCGCAGGGCCGAGGCCACAGCUGCCAGCACCAGCCGGUCUCUGUCUCUCAUGUACGAGUCCGAGAAGGUCGGGGUCGCCUCAUCUGAGGAAUUAGUCCGGCAGCGAGGAGUCCUAGAACGCACAGAGAAGAUGGUAGACAAAAUGGAUCAAGACUUGAAGACUAGCCAGAGGCACAUCAACAGCAUUAAGAGUGUGUUUGGUGGACUCGUCAAUUACUUCAAAUCCAAACCAGCAGAGACCCCAGCUGAACAGAAUGGCAUGCUCACCCCUCAGCCCAAUAGCAGAUUGAAAGAAGCCAUAAGUACAAGUAAAGAACAGGAGGAAAAGUACCAGGCCAGCCACCCAAACCUCAGGAAGCUGGAUAAUGUAGACUCCCAAACUGGCUCUGCAGUGAGUACUGAGGCUUACCCAAAAAACCCGCACCUUCGAGCCUAUCACCAGAAGAUUGACAGCAACCUAGAUGAACUGUCCAUGGGAAUAGGCCGUCUGAAGGACAUAGCUCUGGGGAUGCAGACAGAAAUUGAGGAGCAAGACGACAUUCUUGACCGGCUGACAACCAAAGUGGACAAGUUAGAUAUCAAUAUAAAAAGCACAGAAAAAAAAGUCAGACAACUCUAAAGAUAGAGAAGUAGCUCCACUCUGUUAUAAUGACAAUAUUUGAAAGCUCUUUUUAAACUGCCAAGAAAUUUCAUUUAUUAUUUUAACAUGUGUUUGCAAAGAUUAUAACAGAAUAGGUCUUAAGAGAUUUUUGUUGUGAUGAAGAAAUGUGAGUCCACUUUGUCUUAGGGAUGGCAGCUCCCGAAAUUCAGCAGAAUGUUGAGUUUGUUCUGAGCACAGUAGUCCAGCCCUGAAUAUCUUAGGCCUUUGACUGCCAUGCUGGACUAAGAUGUAUAUUUUCAUGACUACAUGCAGAGGUACAGGAAGAAUUUCAGUCUUGCAUCCAUUUCCCUGUUGGCUAUAUUUCUCAUUUCUAGGCCUUACGAGUUCAGUGUUAUGGGACCAGUGGUGGGGGGUCCUUCCCAUAUUUUUGUACAGGAGAUAUCGCGCACAUACACAAA